ACCGCCCUGUCUGCGGCACUCGCGCAUCUCCCCGCUCAACAGAUCCGAACUGCACUCGCUCGGUGGCCUGUCCAUUCAUUUGUGUCUGCUCCCCCGGGUCUCCUCCGUCUCUUCUACUUCUCCGUCAUUUCCGCCGCUGGUCAAGGCGGGCGGCUCAUCACCCAUCAUCUCCAUCCCCCCCGCCCCGCUGGCCACGCGUGAAUACUAAUACGCUUCCCCACCCUCCUUUGCUCACCACGGCUGGCCCGCCUUUCGAUUUUCGUACCCGCUCGCCCGCGACGCCGUCUGUCCUUCACUCCUACUAUAUCCCGCACUCCUUAUCUUUAUGGCCGCUGUCAAUCUCCAGCUUAUGGCCAACGUCCCCUUCGACCUCAUACCCAACUCUGGCUACCACCACUCCCGCUCAGACUCGGUGUCCUCCAACUCGUCCGCCAACUCCCCCGGCUCCCGCCCCACCUCUUCGCAGGGUGCCAUUUUGCGCACAUCGGCUAUGAUGCCGCCGUCCUCCGAAGACCUCUACCGCGCUUCUUUCCAUACCACCAACUCGUUCGCAGGUGAUCACACCCGCAUCCCCUCAGACGCGUCCCACUCCUCUGCCUACUCCCUCGGCUCCGACAUCAUCACCCCAGGCGAUUCCCCGCCGAACCACAACCUCUCCAACCCGUCCCUCAAGUCCCAUCUGCGCCCCACGCAUAUCCGCGCGCGCGUCGCAGCCUCUCCCUAUCCCCGCGAUACGGAGAGCGUGCACUCGUCUUCGAGCGAGACGGAAGACAUCUCUCUUUACCUAGGCUCGACGGGGAACGACUAUCAUCCGAUGUUCGGAGGGCAGCAGAUGAUGGGGCACAGCGAGGCCGUGCACACCACCGGCGCAUUCGGUCGCAUGACGCUCAGCACCGACCAUGCCCUAGAGAAGCUCGCCGCCAACGUGCGAGCAGCGACGACGACGAGUGCGUCUGACCGGGCCAAGCAGAUCUUCGUGCAGGCAUGGUUGACCGCGAACUACGCACCCUAUCCCGACGGGAACGUCCCCCGCCAGGGGUUGUACUUCUCGUACCGCCGAGUCUGUGACCAGUAUGGUAUUCCACAUAUCAACACCGCCACUCUUGGAAAGGCCAUCAGGCUGUGUUUCCCCACUAUCAAAACGAGACGGUUGGGCGUUCGAGGGAACAGUAAAUAUCAUUAUUGCGGCAUCCGGCCUGGAACAUCGACGGAGGCCGAGUUUAUGCAAGAUUACAUCCGAAAGUCGAACAACACCGCAGCGCAGUCGGCCGUCAACGCUGCUCGUGCGUCGACUGAGGCGACAGAGACUCUGAACAGAGGCGAUUCGGAUGGCGAAGAUGAAGACGAUUCCGAGGGCCCUAGCUCGGGACAGGUAUCAAAGCGGAACUCGCUGCAGCUGACGAAUGGGGUGAAGAACCCGCAGCUGUUCGCAGAUGAGAAGACGCCCACGGCGAGUAGUUUGCUCGCCAUGGCUCAGGCAUCGCAGCGGCCACCCACGAGCUCCUUCCCACCACAGGCGUCAAUCCGGCGGCAUGCUGGCCAGACCGAGCCGACGCUCAGCGUUCCGUCGCACUCACCAGUGGAUGUGACCAGCUCACUCACCCUUGUGGCGUCGACGCAGUUAUCGGUGCGACAACUGCCCCAUUUCCCCUCCAUCGAGGAGGCGGUAGGCGGAUCCUCGAACUCGCCACACAGCAUCGCCGCAAGGGAGGUGUGGCGCUGGUUCCAGGACCACCUCGAUGCGCUGCUCGACAGCGUUAGGGCGUACCGGUUUGACCAGUUCGAGCUGCAUGUGCGGACGUUCUGGUCGAACCUCACGGGCAGCCACCGCGAGAUCGUGCAUGCGCCCGCUGUAGCAGGCUUGAUGGCCAAGGCCGAUGCGAUGGUCUACGAUGAAAUUUUGGAACAGCUUCGUUCGCAGAUGCUCUCGCCGAUCCCGGCGGCGUCCCUCGGUGGACUGCGGCAGCUUGCUAACAAGAUGGAGAAGAUUCUGUUGGUGGCGUUGGAAGGCUACGGGAACACGUUCGUCGAGCCAAAAGUCGAACUUGGAGCGCGCUUCGGACAUCUAGUUUUGCGCUUCCUCGACAUCUACCAAGUGACGCAAGCCCUCACGACCGUGCUCACAAACCCUAAGCAGGUCGCCGAGAUGCGGCGGUCGUGGAGCAAGGUCGACUUCGAGUCCGUUCGCAAUCAGUCUGCGUUGGUAUGCAACUGCCGACACGAGGACCUCGUGCACCUGCUGGAGGUCGAGUUCGUCAACCUCCUGGACGGUCUCAUGAAGAGCAACACACCAGUACCGGAUGUGAUGUCAUGGGCGGAUAAGUGCUGCGAACGCUUGAUGGGCUCACGGGGUGGCGAUCAGGAACGGGGAGCGAUGAGUUCGAGAAGUGUGCUGAUCCGCUGGGGAUAUGUGACCAGUCAGAUCAUGCGGGACUUGACCAUUCGGAGUGACCCUGCGUUUGGCGCGUUCCAGAUCCUCAAGCUUUUCCUGGAUGACUGGAUUGCACUCAACGUGCUAAGGAGCGUCGCACUGUCGACAAACUCAGUAGCAGCAUCAGUUGAGCCCGUCAUGCAGCAGAACUUCUUCACCAUGUCCCCUGAGAUGGCCGGGCAGGAGCACUUUGGACAGCACCUCGAGGUGCAUCACCCCGUCAUGGCGCACACGCCGACGACGUCAAGCAUGCUCGCCGCGCUGCAGCAAGAGUCCUUCGGGUCGGGCUCCCUCGACCCGUCAUCAAACACGUUCGGCGCAGACGCCUUCUCGUCGCUGUCGUACAUGGACACUUCGCCGUCGCACGACGACUCGAUGCCCGUGCACCCGUCCGCACUCUCCUUCCCCGACUAUGUGUCAGGCUCUGGUAGUUUCGACGCCCCCGCAUUUACUCCGGAGCAGAUUGGCCUCCACAGCGCCUCAGCGACGCCGCCCUCGAGCAGCGAACCAGAGAACUCCCCGGAACCUGUUAAAACAGAGAAUUCCCUUUAAUAACGCGUCUCCUCUGUCGCAGUGAUAUCACGGACGCCUACCUUAUCCCUCCCUAAUUGCUUCGGUGCUUUGCUUUCGUGUGGCUUGUUAAUUAUUGUUGACUACUUGGCUCGCGUGCUGUAUUCCCCUUGUUGCUCCCUACCCUGACACUGCUCUCGCCUGUCUCACUCCAGCAAUGUAUCUCCAUGGUCUGCGGGCAAAUGGAGUGUCUCAUAAUACGAUACCAAUGCCCUUAAU